AUGGAAACCUUUAAAGAGAUUUUUGCCGAGGUGACGGGGCCGCUGCUGUUCAUGAGCGUCUCGCUGUCCUAUGCGCCAAAGACAAUUUUCGAAAUCAUCAAGUCGGGAGACUUUUGGAGGCUAUGGUCACUGGACGGUUUCAAGGAAGCCUUGUUUGGGAACUUUUGGGCCGUCAUGGGCCCCGAGGUCAAGGCCAAUGGCCAGGAGCGCGUGAUUCCUCUGCUCGAGGGUCGCAUCUCUGGAGGGAGAGUGCACGACCGCCCGGUCGCGAGCCCCAUUCAUGGCACCGUGAUAGAAGUCGGAGCAGGUAGCGGCAUGUGGAUGGAUGUUUUGGGUCGAUUUGUCGCCGGCGCAGCGAGCAGCACAAAAUCUGCCGCCCAGAUCACCAGGAUUUACGGCGUCGAGCCCAACCCUAAAUCCGCCGCGGCAUUGCGACAGCGGGUCCAGGCGCUGGGCCUGGAGGACACCUACGAGGUCGUUCCGGUCGGCAUCGAGUCCCUGAACCGGCCCGGGGUUUGGGCCGGCCACGUCGCUCCGGAAAGCGUCGACUGCAUCGUCGGCGUCCUGUGUCUGUGCAGCAUUCCUGACCCCGAGGAAAAUAUCAAGCACCUAUAUAAGCUGCUCAAGCCCGGGGGUCACUGGUAUGUAUACGAGCACGUCAAGGCCUCUCGGGGCGGUUUCUGGCACAGUCUAUAUCAACGUGAGUCCCUCAUUCUCCGCCAAAUACAACCUCGGUGCUAA